GUGCUGCGCUCGCGGAGGAAGGAUCCGGGCUCCCGAGCUCGGCGUCGCUGUUUCGCCCACCGCCGGGAGCCGGGCCCUGCCGCGCACGCAGCCCAGUUGCCUCGAGCGAGCCGCCGAGCCCGGCCGCGGAGACAAAUGUCUGUGUACACCCAACUGUAAUGAUGUAGUAAUGCUGCUGGGACCAUCAGUAAGAUAUCAGUACAUGGGGAAAUCCUUUUCUCACCUGCCUUUACAUACGUGUAAGGAAGAUGGCUAUGAUGGAGGUACAGCAUCUGAAAACAUGAGGAAUGGAUUAGUUCAUUCUGAAUCCCAUAGUGAAGAUGGAAGAAAUGGGGAUGUGUCACAGUUCCCAUAUGUGGAAUUUACAGGAAGAGACAGUGUCACUUGUCCCACUUGCCAGGGAACAGGGAGAAUUCCACGUGGGCAGGAAAACCAGCUUGUGGCUCUGAUUCCAUACAGUGAUCAGAGGCUGAGGCCAAGAAGAACAAAACUUUAUGUGACUGCUUCUGUAAUUGUAUGCUUACUCCUUUCUGGGCUGGCUGUAUUCUUCUUAUUUCCUCGUUCCAUCGAUGUCGAAUACAUUGGAGUGAAGUCCGUAUAUGUCAGUUAUGAAACAAGUAGGCGCAUAAUAUAUCUAAAUAUUACGAACACCCUAAAUAUAACAAACAACAAUUAUUAUUCUGUUGAAGUGGCAAACGUUACAGCCCAAGUUCAAUUUUCAAAAACGGUUAUUGGGAAGGCCCGGCUAAACAAUAUCACCAACAUUGGUCCACUGGAUAUGAAGCAGAUUGAUUAUAUGGUGCCCACAGUCAUACAGGAUGAAAUGAGCUACAUGUUUGAUUACUGUACCUUGUCAUCUAUUAAAGUGCAUAACAUAGUAGUCAUGAUGCAAGUGACAGUAACGACCUCUUACUUUGGCCACUCUGAACAAAUAUCCCAGGAGAGAUACCAGUAUGUAGACUGUGGUGGAAACACGACUUAUCAAAUGGGCCAGUCAGAAUAUCUAAACGUACUUCGACCUCCACAGUAAAAGUGGCGGAGUGGAUGAUGCAGGAAGAAAAAGAUGGCUGUUGUUGCUGCCAGACUUCGUCUUAGUAGAAACGUUAAUCAGGUUUGCUACUAUUUAAAAGGGUGUGUGUGUGUGUGUGUAAAGCUUAGCAACCCUGAAGGGUCUGUUCGCUUACAAUACGAUCUGCGGGAGGAGGAAAAGUGCAAAAUGUAUAUAGCCACAAUUGUUGAACAGUGUAUUUCCCCUUCUGUUUACUUUUAUGAUAUGUAGAUAUUUCUGUCGGAUUGUUUCAUUACAAAAAAUGCAUCUUAAAUUUUCAGACAGAGAGCUUGGAUUAUUGCCUACAGCACAAUGUGGCUACAAGAUUUUUAAAGUAAAUGUGCAUAUAUUUAGCUGUAUAGAUGAAGCAAUGUCACUAAGGAACAUUUGUGAGAGAGGAAUAAAUGUAUAAGCUAAAAGUUAUUUACUGAGAACUGAAAUUAUAACACAGUAGUACAGAUCAAGGCUUCUAUUUAAGUCACCGGUUUCCUUUAGAGUGUCUGGAUAUGUCUUGUAUAUGUGGUAACUUGAGAAUGCAUUAGUAAACUUACGACACUACAGCUUUCUUUGUAUAGAAAUUCUGUUUUAGAUAUGCUUCCGUUACAGGUUAACUGCUUGAUUUCCCCCCCCCCCCACCCCCCCCCUUAAGCACAAACAAAACUGUUAUUGACUUGAAUGAAAGUUUUUGUUUUCCUUGAAUGUGGAAUUUUGGAUCUGGUGUUAAGUUGGCUACUGUUCAUUUGUUUUUGUUUCUACCUCCUCUCUGCCUGUGUCCCAGGAUCGGAAGUUAUGGAAAAUGUUCAUUACAUUCAUAUUUUUAAAAAUGAAUCAUGCAUAUGACACAAAUUCAUGACUGCUUUGCAAAAUUCAUCACUUAGUUAAAGAAUGUUGAAGUCUCUAUUGGAUAAUGAAAAAUAUAAAAUGCAUAAAGUUACCAUUCCCCCCCUUUUUUUUGUAGUAGUAGUAGUUUGGAGUACAAGUGUAUCACUUUCAAGUUUUACACGGAAUCACUUAAACAGUGUACAUAGGAAAUCUAGAUAUGGCUUUUUGGCAGCUAAGUGUAAACUGAAAAUAUAAUCAUAAUCACUUUGAAAUAUAAAGAAUGUGUACCUAAACUACUUGUCAGUGUUAACAUCUCUCUCGACUGAAUAAGCAGUAGUUGCCCAAAUCCUCUUGAGCUGUCACACUUCACAUUAUGAGAUUGGAGAGUGACUUUUUUAUUUAUUUAUUUAUUUUAAAGUGCAAGUACCUAUGCAAACACUAAACUACAAGAACUCAGAUCAGAUGUGGCUACUUUCUGAUAACAAACCAAAAUAAUCUGAGUAAAUGUUUUCACUGAAAGCCAGGUAUAAUUGGCCGCAGAACUGUGUGCUUGUGCAUUUCACCUUGUGAGGAGCAUAAUUUCAUUUAUGUUUAAUCUUAACAUUUCUUUGAUUUUUGGAGACUACCUUUAAUGUCUUUAAAAUACUUUUUUGUUCUUUUACUUCAAUCCAAAUAAUGUCUUCAGUUUAGUUAAAAGAAUCCUGAUUUAGUUAGUUCUAAAUUGGAUAAUUACAGGUUAAUGUAUACUGUGCUAUUGAGUGGUUAGAUUGUUAAAUUAAAAUGAACAGUAUUUUUAAAUAACAGGUACUGCCGCUUUAAUGCUUCCAUAUCUUUCUAACAUAGGAUAUUAGAAAUACGAAUCCAGUUCAUUGGCAGUAGUGUUAUAUUCUAAAGGUAACUUUUCAGUUAAGAAAUAGUCUGAAAGUUUAAAAAUGUAAUUUUGUUUUUUGUUUUCUCCUUCACAUUUUUUGUUAUACGGAGCUAAACUUCACAAUUUAAUUUUAAAAAAAAAAAAAGAAAAAGUUACUCUGCUAUAAGUGACAGUCCUGCUAAGGGUUCUGCAUGGGUGCGAAGGUGUGCCUGCCUAUAUCUCUUUGCGUUAUUGGACUCUAAAUCAUCACAAUUCUGUAAAUAGUGCUGGUCAGUUCACACUGAACCAGAAGACACACUGCUGGCAUUUCAACACCAAGUUACUUUUUGCCGCCUUAAAAAUAUUUUUGGUUGUGGGUUGUAAACUCGAAAAAUGGUGUAAAAUCCGAAUCAAAAAAGUUUUACUGCACUUAAUAUAACCUAGUGCUCUUAUAUACAUAAACAUUUAGUUGCAAAUGCCCAGUCUUUGACCAUGGCUGGCAGUAACAAAGCAUGCCUGGGGUGGGGGUUGGUGAUUGGUGAUACUAAGAUGGCUGUGUGCGGAGCUUGUACCAGUAUUUGUGUGGAGCAGCUAACUGCUGACAGUUAAAAAGGGCUGAUUUCUCAGCCAGUGACUGGGAUAUAGAGAGGCUCUGGCCAGGCCCCUGUGCCAGCAGCAGAGAGUAGUGUGUGGUAAGAGUUGCCACCUCUAGAGCACUUUGCCACUGCAGGAUCUCCCUAAAUCAUGGUGUAUUUCUUUCUGGAUCUGGCCAUGCCAGAUUUAAGGCUACAACCUGCCAAUGAUACAGUGCAAAACAUUCCGUGAGCAAAACUGUGGGUUCAGAAAUAGAUUGAAACCUUAUGCAAUUUUACUUCUACAUAAGCUUCUUGGUAUUGGCUAUUUUGAGAAAAUGAUCCAUUAAUAAAAUGUCUUUCUGUGAACAGUGCUGUCAGUGGUAAUACAUCUGUGUAAAAGCUAGUUACUUUCCUUAGGCUAGUCCAGCUAAGAAACUUUUGGUUCAAGAUGACAAAAAUGUAGAGUUCUUAAUAUUUAACUGCUAAGGGCUUGAUUCUGAAAAGGGAUCUACCUGAGUGUAUGAUAGGGGCUAAUGAGCGAGUUCUUAUGCAGAAUCAGGGCCUGAAAUAGUACAAGAAAUGUAGGUUGGAAAGCAUUCUCUUUUCAUAGAAGCACCCAAAGCUACUAAUUAGGUCCAUAGUGAAGCAUAUCCUUGUAUAAUUUGGUUCGUAAAAUGCUGAUUUAUUUGGCCACAAAGUCUCUGAGGAGAUGAUAUGCAAUUUAAAUUAAGGUGCUUAUUUUGCAUCCGUUGGAAUGUGUUAGCUUGGAAAUGACUCUGGAACUGCGAUGUGGGGUGAAGGGAGAGGCUAAUAUAAGUGUAUACUAGAACAGCUGAUACCAGAUGUAUUUGGUUAAAAAUGACCCAUACCCUUACUCUUAACUGGAUUGAUCUCUUCUCCUUUGGGCUCAUUUAUGUUGUUAAAUACAUGUAACUUUUUAAAGAGAAAUUCAGAUUAUACUGAAAAACCACUCUUUUAAUCCCAACUGUUUGGUUGCACUUGAGGAAACCUAGAAAUUAGACCUAAUUCUCUUGAGCUGAGGAAGAUGAAUAUCCUAACUGCAACUUGGACUCCACACUCUCCCAAAAUGUUUGUGUAAUUUUCUUGUAACUUUUAUUUGUAACUUGGUGCUAUAAUGUAAGACAUUUUCUUUUUAAAGUUGCACUGUUGUAAUGCAAACAAUAUCUCUGGUAUAGUUUGUCACUUGCAUUUUCAUAGUUUUUAUUUUGUAGCAGAUCUGUUGCACUCUAAAAUAGAAACUCUAUUGAAAUAUGACUGGGAUGAUGUAAGCUUCCUGGGGCAGUGAUCACCUCUUUAUUCUGUGAUUGUACAGCACCUAGCACAGAGCAGUCCUGGUCAAAUACCAGGAUCCUGGGCACUAUGGUAAUACAAAUAAUAAAUUAUGUGCAGUUAUGACAUUAAACAGAAAAUGUGCUUUUAUAACAUAACUGUCAAAUAUAUUCAUUGUUUAGAAAACUAAAAGCUUAAUUUAUGCUGUGGUAAACUGCAUGGCAUGUUAGGUCAAUAAGCUACUAGACACUUUGAUCUGUUUCUAACUAGAAAAAUUGAACCCUGUUUAAUUUAAAAUAUGCUAUCAAAAUCUUUAAAAAAAGAAAAGAAAAAAAGUAUUCUACGAAUACUGGAGAUCUGCUGCUUGAAUACACAGUAGAGGAAUUCCAAAGGCAACUUUUGUUCUGAAAGACAGAGCGCAUGAUACAUUGUUACUCAUGAAUUGUGGAAGAAAAAUGCCUUCCAGAUGUUCCACCACAUUUGUAACUUGUUUCUUCAUCUGGAGACUCUUUGGUAGAAGAUUACAAUUUUUAAAAAUUAUGCAAUGUGGAGGUCAGUGUGCUUGUAAUAAUUUGCUAUGCAGUAUAGUUUGACAGUUUUAAUGCACUUCUGAUGUGUGUAUUACCUUAAUAUUAACAUUGCUCUUAUAUUUAGCAACUUUAUUUUAACACACACACUGAUCAACUUUGAUACAAACUGUCCUUGAAAUUCUCCAAGUGAGUAAUCUGCUAAAUAGUAGUAUAAUUCAAAACAUUGUUUUCGUUUUUCACUGUACGGUGACUAGAGCAGACUACUUUACCAGCGAUGCUUUAUAUUUUCAUCAUGGACUUAGUGCUACCAGCUGAUUACUGAAAUAUGUCCUUGGAAAGGGUGAAAUGAUUGAGAUGUUUGGAGGUGGUGUGUUGAGUGUUACAGGCAAAAUGUUUUUAGUUGCCGUUGUUAAAAGCUGAAAAAUAUAACAUGAAGUUCUCUUAAAUGUGUGUAACAAGUCUAUAACCAGAAAACAUUUUGUAAGUUUUGUCUGCCAAUAACCUGGCACCUGACUCCACAACCCAUUUAUUAUGUGUAUAUUCCUGUUAACUUCAGUGGGACUAGUUAAUGUGCAAGAGUUAAUUACAUGAGUAAGGUUUUCAGGAUCAGGCCCUUGGUUGACACUUGUCAUAAUUUAAGUAAAAAAUAAUCCAAAAUACUACAUGUCUGGCAACACUUUAAGAUAUAUUCCUUUUCUAGAAGGGGAAACCUACCUUCUUUAAACUGUAUUAAUCAGAAAUGUGUUGGGAUAAUAAGUAACUAAUAGACUUUUUAUUCAGCAUGUUAAAAACAUGAAUUUAGUGGGUUAAGAGGUCUAAAGGUAAUAGUAUUCAUUAUUUAGAAUGAUUUUUAGGUCAGUCUUGAACUGUCUUGCUCACUGGAAUGGUAACAACUAGAUGUAUUACAAAAACAUCAUACACUGUUUCAUUUGGGAAACCCUUAAACCCUAAUUUAUUUAAUUGAUUAUACUGACAGGGUAAGAAAUAGUAGUUUUUUUUUCUGCUGGCCAUGGAAUUCUAUUCUUGUAUGGGCCUGCUUGGGACAUUGAUGUACUUAGGAUUAUCAAGAACCCAUCAUUUUCUGUCAGAAACAGUUCUUAAUUGGUAAGAAAUGUGGAGAGCAGAGAACAAGCCCCAGUGUGUGGGAUCUGUGAAUACCAGAAAGUAUUCCCUAGACUGGAGUAAAAUGCUGAGUCACUGCUUUAGGUAUUGGUAGUGCACCAGUAACUAUACUGCCAUUUGUUAUGGUUGAUGAUGGGGAACAAGUCUACAGUUUUGGUGUAGUUGUCUAUUGGACAUUAAAGAUUUUACAUUAUAUAUUAAUUAAGCCACUUAAUUACUGAGUCCUUUAAUUUUGUUUUAAUAAGUAAUUUUCCACCAAUUUAACCACUAUUAGUGUUCAUUGUACAGAAAAUGCAUAUUGCUAAAUAUAUGUAUAGAGAUGCUAAUAGGUGAUAACUAUUUUUGUAAUAUAGAAGCUGUAACUGUUGCUUUUGUAAUUGUGUGGCAAAUAUAAUCUGUUUGCAUUCAGUUUAUCAAGCAUGGUAAAUCUUUCUUAUGUCAGUGUAUUUGGACAUGCGUCAGUUGUCUUAAAAUGUUAGUAAACGGAGGGGAAUAUUAAGUUAUAUCACUAUUUGUGUUUAAAGUUCUGAAAGGGACUUCUUAAUGGGAAUUUUAAAAGGAAUUGUGCACUUGUGGAAAGAAUGCUAUUAAAAGUUAAUUUUUGAAAGUAAA